CACGUUGACACACGCGCACAAACACACACACACACGUGGACACACACACGCACGUGGACAGACACACGUGGACACACACACACACAGACACACUAAAGAUGCGCGCACACUGCCGGCCGGAUACGAGACGAGGCAGGCCGCUGGUGCCCUCGCAGUGACGGUCGCGGGCUCCUCUCCACACUGGCGGGCGACCGCGCCACCACGCAGAGGGGCCUGCUCGUCUCGGAGCGCGAGUCGGGGAUGUCCGCCAGGGUCGUGGGCGAAUGGCUCAGGACCUUGAACCUGGACGGCUACACGGACGCCUUCCUCGAGAAUGGUUACGACGACCUCGAGAUAUGUCGCCAGAUCGGCGAGGCCGACCUGGACGCGAUCGGGGUGUCCGAACCGGCGCAUCGCUCCAAGAUCAUCGCGGCCGUGUCUCGCCUGGCCGAGAGGACAGCGGGCGCGGCCCUCUAUUUCGAUCUGGAGGAGGAAUUGCAGCCAGAGAGGGCGGCCGUCCUAACUAUCCACCACCACCAGCAGCAGCAGCAGCAGCUUCUAUACCACCACCACCACCACAGCCAUAACAACCACUACCACCACCACCACCUUCAAAAUCAUCAUCAUCAGCAGCAGCACUAUGGGCACCAUCAACAGCAGCAGCAGCAUCUCAAUGUCUACCAAAGCCAGGGCGCGAGAUCUUCUUACUCGAAGCUGCGUCUCAAGGUGCUGCUGAGAGAGAAGCUCCUACGGGACGGCAUCACACUCGGAGCGCCGCCCUACUCCAGCGCGGGCGAUCCCCGCGGGUGCCUGGAGGAGCUAGCGAGGAGCUACGCGGAGUAUUUCCACGUCCACUCCGCCGACGUCGCCCAGCGCCUGGAGGAGCUGCGCGCCCGGAGCCUCGCUCGCGACUCGGAGCUCGAGGAGGGGCCGAGGGGCUGCUGUGAACAAGGAGUCGACGUUUACCGCACACAGAUGGAGGAGUCGCUGGGAUUUAGGAGCGCGGCAUCAACCCCGGAGAUGGAGCGCAAGUGCGGCCUUCAGAAGUUCGCCUCGCAAGAGGAGUCUGCGGAAGCGAAGUCGGAAGUUAAGAAGAAGGGGAAGUCGUUCUGGCAGACGCUGCAGCGCACCCCGAAUCGCACCCCGAACCGCACCCCAACGCGGACUCCGAGCAAGAGCCCCAGGAACAAACCGGCCCGCCUCGACUCCCCACACAAAGCGUGCGGGGCUGUGAACUUCGUUGCCAGUGACAUCACAAUGAGCGAUGACGAUCGCAUCGAGCUGAUGACCAUGGUGAAGGAUCGACGAAUGACCAUCGACCAGGCACUCGCUCGGCUGGAGGAGUACGAGACCCUACACCGCCAAUGCGGUGGCGCGGAGGGAGCGAGAAGACGCCAGUCGCUCGACGCGGCCUGCCCGCAGCCCCGCGACUCCCCGUGCCACGCGAGCGGGGCCUGCGAGUGCAUGGUGGGGGGUCCCGCAGUGACGGCGGCCGAGCGGUUCGUGCGGCUGCACAAGGCGACGGUGGCGGCGGGGGGGACUCCGCACGGAGCCCCGCACCGGCAGCUCGUCAAGGUGGAGGAGGGGACACGCGGCGUCUCCUCCACCUCCUGCUAUACGGACGUCUACGCCUGGGAGUGCCGCCUCAGGACCCCGGGGCUGCCCUCGGCGCUGCCUGAAUACGAGGAGCCACCCCAGCAGGCCGCUUUUGCCACCCCCGCCUCCUCCUCUUGUCGCCUGGACCAGCCGGCGUCUCUCCUCCCGUCCUCCCCGCACGUCCGCUCGCUCUGCUCCACGCCCGAGAUCCGGCGAGGUCGCGACCCCCGUAGACCCCUCGCCACCUCGCUGGACGCCCACUACGCCCAGAAGGACCCCGGUUCCGCGCGCGGGGACAGGCACCGAGCGGGACGCCUAUGUGGGGGCGCGUCCGGGGUCCUCGAGUCGCCCGGCCACGUGGCGUCCCAGGCCAGGGAGCCGUCGGCUGAGCCAUCCCAGGGCACCUUUGUGGUGUCCCUGGAGGAAAUACACGAGGCACGGCGGCGGAUGCACCUCCGACGCCUCCUCUGCUCCUCCUACGAGCCGGCCGCUGCGUGCGAACUCCGGAAUGGACUCGUGGCCACGGGAGUCCUGCGCGACCCGGGAUUGGAGGAGUGCAAGGGCGAGAAGGAGGAGGGCGACGAGGUGGAGGAAGAGGAGGGGGAGGAGGUCUCGAAGUGGCGGCGGCGACGGCAGCGGCAGCAGCAGCAGCGGACGGGCGACGAGGACGAAGCGGACUGUGUGUUUUUCGAAAACGGCCACGCGGCUUGCGGCGCCGGCACCGUGCCUGCAUCACGCGGCCGCGGCCUUUGCCGGGACAGCGGCAUCGGAAGCUGCGGACCGGAUUUUGGGAGCGGUGGAGCGGAGGGCGCGGCGAUCCGUUCCGGAAAUCCGGAACUGGAAUACGGCGGCGGCGGCGGCUGCGGCGAUGACGACGGCGACGAUGGCAACGGCGGAGCCCCUGUAGGAGGAAGAAUAAGAGGAGGUGGCGACGAGAACGGGUUGGGGUUGGAGGCGGAAGAAGAGGCGGCGUGGAUCUGGAGCCGACCGAUCGGCGCCGGCGACGGCGACAUCGGCCGGGAGAGCGCGUUCAGGAGGAGCGGCGGUGGCCGCUUCGAGGGCGGCGCCGGUGUCGGCGCCGGGUGCCGCGCUUGCGCCGGACAUGCGGCACCGCUCCACGGCUCGCCCGGCAAGGUCCACCUCAACGGGUGCGCCGCCGGCGGCGGCGGCGGCGGCGGCGGCGGCUCCGUCGUAGAGGCGGACCCGGCGGUGCUCCAUGGCGACGUUGGCUCGCCGGGCCGUGCCGCUGUGGAGCGGAGGGAACGCAAGGGCCUCCUCUGCCGUCUGCAGCGCAAAACCAGGACGAGCAGCUUCAACGGAUUCGAUCUUCCGAGCAGGCAGGGAGCCUUGGGCGAGCGGCCUUCCCUGCCGGUCAAGCACGAGGAGGAUGCGGAUCCGUCCGGGGAGUCCCCCUAUCGACGAGCGUCGGCGCCGGACAGCUUCCUGGGCAAGAAGGUCAAGUCGGUGCGAGACACGAUGAAAAAGACCAUGACCAAGCUGGCAAAGGCGAACUGUGAAGAGCGUGAAUCCGACUUCGACGUUGCCCUCCGCUGCACGCGUCUCUCUCUGGAAGAGGAGCAGCUGGUGGAGGAGAAGCCGCAGUGCAACAACCACAACAACGGCCACCACCACCACCACCACCACCACCAGCAGCAGCGGCAGCUAGCCGAGGAGGGUGGUGAGGUGGAUGAGGGAGCGGGAGGGCGUCACGAGAACUUGGCUUCCUGCCUGAACGGCGCCCGCCUGCGGGAAUUCCACCGCUGCGCCGCUCGUGGCCCCCCGAGCUCCUCCUGCCGCCGGGCGCCGGAGGGCGGCGGCGCCGGGGGCUCGUGCGGGACCGGCGAGCGUCUCGCCGCGACCGGCGCCUCCCGCUCGCCGGGGGGCGCCGCGGCCACGCCGCCCGUGGCGCCGGUGUCGCCGCGAGACCGGCGGAAGGCCGGCGCGCACGCCACGGAGGUGCGCGCCAUCGUCCACCGGGAGAACCACGCCACCGAGCCGCCGUCCGUCCCGGGCUUGGCGGCGGACACCGGCGCCGGUGCGGAGACGGCGCCGGGGCCUUCGGCUGACGGCGACCGAUCGUCCUCGGCGGCGGCGGCGGCGGCCGGCGGAGACGCGGAAAGUAAAGGUUCCUCACGUCGCAAAAAAACGAAACCCAAGACGGUGCUGGAACUGCUGGAGAGGAUUCACCUGCAGGACUACGCGGGGCUGCUGACGCGGAGCGGCUACGAGGACCUGGAGACGCUGGGCCUGCUGGACGCGGAAGACCUGGACGAGAUGGGAGUCCUCGACCACGAGCACCGUGCCAAGCUGCUCACCGCCGCCGCCCUCCUGCGAGCCGACGAACGCGACAACCACGGCCGGCAGAGGAACGCGUCGUUCGACCAAGACGCCGCUCACCGCGGCACGUCGGCCUUAGCGACGGCCUGGCACCGCUCGCCGGGCCGCUCCGCCGAAGACCCGCGGCGCCGCGCGGGCGUCCGGUGCCUCUCAGACGGCUCGCGCCGAGGGCCGGCCCCGGCCGCCGCGUGGGGCUGCGGCGGCGCGGAGACGCGGGGCCCGGCGAGGCGGUCCUGGUCGCUGGACGACGUGCGGAAGAUCGAGCACCUCCUGGAGUUCGGCAGGUGGCAGCGGAGGCUCGCGCGCCGCGGCACGGCCCCGAGUCGCGACCCGCAGGGCGUCUGGUGGAGUCCCGGUCACCGCCGCCACCACCACCGCCACCGUCAUCGUCAUCGUCGCGACGAGCAGCGGGACCUCGGGGCGUGCGGGGAGGACGUCGCCGCACGCCAGACCGCGGCGGACGCGGCCGCGAUCGAGCCGACCGAUGCGGUGACGUCGACGGCAGCGACGCCCGGAGCAGCCUCCUCGGACGGGCCGGGAGCAAAGGCGGUGGCGGGGGCGGCGGGGGCGGCGGUCGAUCCGGCCGGUGGUGACCCCAACGGUGAGGCUGUCGCGGAGCCGCCGGCGGCGGGCGCCACGUCUCGCGAGGCCGACGACGCCGCGACCGACGAGGAGGAGAAGGCCGUCAGGCACCGCCGGUCGACGACGACGACGACGGCGGUGGAGGCGGAGGCGGUGGAGGUGGUGAACCUCGCCGAGCUUGCCGACCGGCGCGGCGACGCCGACGGGCCCGCGAUGUCGCGCAGCCCCCCCGGGGCGGACUCGGAGAGGGCGGCGGGGGGCGGAACGGAGAGCGUCGACGGAGUCGGAGGGAGACACCACCACGACCACCGCGACCACCGCCACCACCGCCAAGCACGCCCCAACAGUUCCCACGGCGACGGCGGCUGGGCGACCGACGGCUCCGCGUGGCCGCCGGCGGCCAACGACCUGGCGGCGAUUCUGCUGCAGAGGGAGCCGGAGGGGGAGGUCGUGGGCGCGGAGCGGUGCGCCGAGAAGCGUGGAUGCGGCUCCGUGCCGGUUUCCCUCGUCCUCCGCUUCUCGCAGGAGCUCGGGGUGCAGUCCAGGGCGGUGGCGGCCAGCCUGGACGACCUGCACCUAGGCUGGCACAAGCGGCUGGCGCAUGCGCAGAUCCUCCGUUCCGACCAAUCGGGCAGCUCCGUGUACAUCAACGGGCUGAGCGACGACAUCGUGGAUCAGCUGACCCUGGGAGAAGUGAAGGAUUCCGGGAGGGACGACCGCCCCCUGCUGCCCAUGGUCAAAGGGCCAUUCGAGAGGCACUCCGGUGCGAGCGCCGUUCAUCCCAGGAGGUGACGAGGAUGCGCGGGGAACCGAUCAACGGUCGAAGCCUUCGGUGUUACUGAAUUGGCGCUACACGUUCGGUCCGAAAGUUCAAACUAAAACUCAACGAAACGUUUUUUUUUUAUCUCACCAGGUAAGGCUCCACUGAGCUCUGUAGCGCUUCUUCAGAAGCCAUCCUGGCUAUCCACAAAUGAUAGCUCAACGAAGUGGCCCAAUCACGUGGACGUUUAUUGCAGCCAAAUGCUCCAAAACGCGUGACGUCAAUUGUAAAUGUGGAGGGGAAAAACCGGAGGACCCGGAGAAAAAUCCACGCGACCACGGGGAGAGAGAGAGAGACGCAGACUCCAAAUAUACAGCAGCAGUCAUGGUGGUGGUGGGGUAAAGUGUGGGGUGCUCGCUCACGCCUCUUCAGAGAUGUCUUGCCAGCGGCCCCCGGAAGAAGUCGCUAAAAAAUACUUUCCCGAAGGGACUUUCUGGCACUGCCUCCGAGCCGAGGAACACUUCUUUGAGCUGAGGAACACUUCUUCUAGCCGAGGAACACUUCUUCGAGCCGAGGAACACUUCUUCUAGCCGAGGAACACUUCUUCGAGCCGAGGAACACUUCUUCGAGCCGAGGAACACUUCUUCGAGCCGAGGAACACUUCUUCUAGCCGAGGAACACUUCUUCGAGCCGAGGAACACUUCUUCGAGCCGAGGAACACUUCUUCGAGCCGAGGAACACUUCUUCGAGCCGAGGAACACUUCUUCGAGCCGAGGAACACUUCUUCUAGCCGAGGAACACUUCUUCGAGCCGAGGAACACUUCUUCGAGCCGAGGAACACUUCUUCGAGCCGAGGAACACUUCUUCUAGCCGAGGAACACUUCUUCGAGCCGAGGAACACUUCUUCGAGCCGAGGAACACUUCUUCGAGCCGAGGAACACUUCUUCGAGCCGAGGAACACUUCUUCGAGCCGAGGAACACUUCUUCGAGCCGAGGAACACUUCUUCGAGCCGAGGAACACUUCUUCGAGCCGAGGAACACUUCUUCGAGCCGAGGAACACUUCUUCGAGCCGAGGAACACUUCUUCGAGCCGAGGAACACUUCUUCAAGCCGAGGAACACUUCUUCGAGCCGAGGAACACUUCUUCGAGCCGAGGAACACUUCUUCGAGCCGAGGAACACUUCUUCGAGCCGAGGAACACUUCUUCGAGCCGAGGAACACUUCUUCGAGCCGAGGAACACUUCUUCGAGCCGAGGAACACUUCUUCGAGCCGAGGAACACUUCUUCGAGCCGAGGAACACUUCUUCGAGCCGAGGAACACUUCUUCGAGCCGAGGAACACUUCUUCGAGCCGAGGAACACUUCUUCGAGCCGAGGAACACUUCUUCGAGCCGAGGAACACUUCUUCGAGCCGAGGAACACUUCUUCGAGCCGAGGAACACUUCUUCGAGCCGAGGAACACUUCUUCGAGCCGAGGAACACUUCUUCGAGCCGAGGAACACUUCUUCGAGCCGAGGAACACUUCUUCGAGCCGAGGAACACUUCUUCGAGCCGAGGAACACUUCUUCGAGCCGAGGAACACUUCUUCGAGCCGAGGAACACUUCUUCGAGCCGAGGAACACUUCUUCGAGCCGAGGAACACUUCUUCGAGCCGAGGAACACUUCUUCGAGCCGAGGAACACUUCUUCGAGCCGAGGAACACUUCUUCGAGCCGAGGAACACUUCUUCGAGCCGAGGAACACUUCUUCGAGCCGAGGAACACUUCUUCGAGCCGAGGAACACUUCUUCGAGCCGAGGAACACUUCUUCGAGCCGAGGAACACUUCUUCGAGCCGAGGAACACGUCCGCCAGCAGUCGCGUGAGCAAAACAAUUGCAGGGUGCUGCGCCUUUAGCUUCAACUGUGCUGGUUCGCGAAUCUUCUCACGUACGGCUGCUGAUGUAGACGGAGGGACAACGACUGCAGUUUCACAUGCAGGUGGUCGAGCCCAGAUAACCGCAUCAGGAGCAGCGGAGUGGUGCAUCAUCGCUGUGAUGUCUCCUUCGUGUUUGUGGAUCGGGCCAUUGCGUCGACGUAUGUUGUACUCCGGUCCGUUCUGGAUGACCCACAGUCGCCACACUACUACCGGAGGAGUUUUUUUUAUUUCCCCAUUUGUGCAUCGUCAGGUAUCCGCAUCUAAUGCUGCCAUGCUUUGUGCGGUGUAUGCGGUUUAGAGUGGACCGCGAACUCCGGGGGACGUUCAAACCCCAGGGAUCUUCUGCGUUGGGUCUUUCACAUUAAGGUGGCGUUUGCCUGUGAGCUUCUUUUGAAUUCCAUUCAGUUCUCCCAACUUAAUCGGGGGUUGAGUUUGCGUCAUUCAAGGUUACAAGCGCAAGGGGGCCAAAAGAGCCUUGGGUGGCUUCAAGCGACGACGAGGGGCGUGGUCGAGGUCCUGAUGAACGAGACGGGGGGCACGGAGAGACACGGUGGUCCGAGUGCACCGGGGUGUGGUGGGGGGGCUCGGACAUCGGCACCGUCCGUGAGGUCGCGCCUCCAAGGGGUCACGCCGUCGCCAACGUGACCCAUCUGGAGCGAGAGGGUCACUGGAACUUCCGGGGGGGGUCCAAAACGUCGCUACUGGACAUCUGGUGAUGAAGCGCUUUGUAGCCCUUGGGAUUCCUCCAGUAAGAAUAAAUAGUCCGAUUCUGGCUCUGUCGCCUUCGCAGGGACCUCGAAGAGCCUACGGCGGUCGCGAAGACGGCACGAUGCUGUACCGUCGGUCGGGACCUUGGCUGCCUGCGAUGUGCUUGGCGUGCGGUCGAAUACGCUUUGGACUUGUGGCGUUUUAUGCGACGAUCACGAAGUGUUCCGUCAUUACACACACAAAGUGCUCGCCACAAAUGAACCGUAACACCUCGCUGAUGUCGUAAAGGAUUUAUAAACCACCACCGCGUGAGCUCCGGUCAUCCUCACAGCAGCAGCAGCAGCAGCAGCGACUUUUGGCUCAGCCACUAAACAAAAGCGGUGAUCACCGCAUCGUCAUCGCGCGGCGCUUUCAGACGCGCUUCUGCGGACGUCUGGAACGCUCUUCCGUUAUUAGGAAGCCACUGAGAGCUGUGCACCUUUAAAUCAUCAUCUAGAUUGACACACUCAUUUCUUUAAAACUGCUUUUUCGUGUUUAGCUUGUUGUUCUCCUUCCCCCGCACCUCCGAAUGGCACGGUUGGCUACGUAUGGUGCGAAAGAAGUUCAACAUGCAUACAAAAAAAAAUGUGAUGCCGCAUGGCUUACGCGUUUCCGGUCGCCGACGAUUGCCGGCGCUUCCAGCGGUGGCUUUUUAAAACUCAUUCACGGAGUUGGCCAAAGCAUCCAAAUGUCGAACCUCAGAGCUUGGGCAAUUUGCCGGCGCCGCGUGUCCAGGCCGCCUUCCCCGAUCGUCUGCGGUUCACCCACGCCUCUGGAUCGUCGCUAAAACAUCCGCGCGCAAACUCGUGGGCACGAAUAAAAAGAUGACGGUUUGUGUUG